CCUUCCAAGCAUUAGCAGCCUUGGUAUCGAGAGCGGGCACAGCAGCAGGAUGACCGCAAUCAUGCGCCAGCAUGUGCUCGAAGACAUAUCGGCAUUGACUCCAAACAACAUCCCGAGUCAGAGCGAAAUUGUCUACAGUAUUGUCAAGUCCUGGACAAAGAGCAUACGACUGUUUACUGGGCUGACCCGCAUCCACAUCUCGCAGCCUGCUCGAGUGACGGCUAAUGUUGAGCUUGUACGCCGUAACGCAGCGACAAUCAAAGAGGUCUCCAUCUCAGCCAUCAAUUCUGUCUUUGUUGACGGAUUUCUGUAUCUGUCUUCCGACCAGGGUCAAGUAUAUCCGAAGCUGACGCAUCUGAGGAUAAACAUGCGCGAGCAGCCAUUGGUACGCAUCAAAAUUCUCCCUCUCAGAAAUAACCCGUUUCCAGCGCUUGAGUCUUUUUCCAGCUGUGGAUAUAGCAUUCCAGGGAUUGAGAGCCUGCUGAUGCAUAUCUCUCCGCGACUAGUCCAUCUUGAGCUCACGAUGGACCACCCCAUGUAUGGCGCUAUGGUGGACCUGGGCAUGGUAAACCAUGGAGUGUUUCCAAAGCUCGUCUCAGCCAAAUUGCACUGGGACUACUACCUGGGCUACAUGACUGCUGACGAAAGUACACGCCUGAUCAACUGCAUGUUCGCAUGGAGUCCAAUUCUAGGAUACUCCAAGAUCCGUCUGCCCAACUACACCUUGCCAGACAAUAGCCUUGGUCACCCACUAUCAGGCUCACUGGUGUCGCUAGAUAUUGAGACCACCUGGGUAGCCUUCUCGAGGAUGCAGCUGCUACAGCGCUGGUUCCCAAAGCUAGAGUCCGCCAGGUUUAUGCUCGACUGCAGGGAAUUUGCAAGCAGCCGAGGUAUGGCCAGCCUGAAAUGGACAGAUACCUGUGGCUCGUGUGUCCCCCGCUUCAGGGUUCAGAGUAAAAUCGAUCACUAUUCAUCCCGUGAAUCUCUGCCCCGAGUAUGUGCCCUUUCUGAAACUGAUGCUCAACAGGCGCUAUCCGUCUAUCAAACACAUAAAGCUCAUCCACAUCUCGCAAAGACCCUUUUUUAUAGGGUUCUAGCUUGCCGGCGAGUAUGGCGAAACUCAAUGGCAAAAGGAAAUUUCUAUCUGCUAAAGUGUGGGAAG